UGGGGUGUGGGGGAAGGGAAGAAGGGAGAGUGUGAAUAAACAAGGGAAAGAAGGGAAGAAGGUUGGAGUGGUCAUUCUGGGAAGAGUUGACAGAGUAGAUCAGUUCCCAAUAGGGGCCUCCUUUCCCCUCUUUAUCUAUCCCUCAGCCGCUUCGUCUCCCCAAAUCUGAUCGUAAGUUUCAGUCUUUGCUUGUCUUCUACGAGAUCGCCGUCUCUUCCCUUCCUCCUUGCUGUGAAUUUUACCUUCAUUUAACGGAAACCGAGCUUGAUCUCCGUCCUGGGAUGUCAAAGAUGGGAUUUUUCUGCUGGGUCUGAUGUCAGGGGAUUAGAUUAGUGAGUAAAGUUUGCAUCUUUUUAGUUGGAUCUUUCUUUGUUCUAGUGGUUAAAUUUUGGCGAGGGUUCUUGGUUCUGAUGCUUUGAUCCUUGGGGACCUUUGCUUCUCUCUGUGUUUCUCCUCUUCCGAGGGAGCGUUCGUGAAAUUUGCCUGAUAAGCAAGCUUGGAAGGUUGCGCUUUUCUUCGAUUUCUGCCCGUGUCGCAUCUCGAAAUCGACCGAAAGAUUUGAUUUUUAUUGGCUUUGUCUUGUAUAAGGAUCCGUGUGUUCAUGUUUCGGCAUGGAUUCUAAAUCUUGGUAGAGAAAUACAGAAAGAUUGCUUCUUCUUCUUUUUUUCCAUCGUGAGGGGGGUUUGGUUUUCAUCUAUUUUCCGGUUUGAGGUUUGGGAUUAUACCUUGUAAGGGUAAAUAGGGGUCCGACGUUGUUCCUUGUUGGAAAUUAGGGUUUCUUGUUUGGUUUGGCAUUUGGACAUAUGUGGGAAGACCGACCUCAUUUGAUCUCCGGGACGUUUGAAAGCACCUCUGACCGGGAAUCGAAUUGGCAUCACUUGCCUCACCAUUUCCACGAGUUGUCGAACAGCAAGAAACGUGUAGUGGACGAGGGUUUGGGAGAAGAAGAAGAAGAAGAAGAAGAAGAGCGAGAGGGUCGAGGCAAGAGGAAGAAGUCACUGCAGCAACCUGACAUCCUUGAUCUCAAAGAGAUGAAUUGGCCUCUUGGUGAUAAUUCUGAUGGUCAUAGAAGUGAUGAGGAGUCAAACAACUUCAACCGGCUCCACAGGGAUGCAAAAAUUAGCUGUCUUGUGCGACUCUCACGGUCAUAUUAUGGUGUGGCUGCAUCCGUCGACCGUGACUUCCGCACGAUGAUUCGAAGCGGGGAGGUCUAUCGGCUUCGACGGCACCUGGGGAUCGCCGAACACUGGGUCUAUUUCUCAUGCAAUGCCCCUCGAUGGGAGGCAUAUGAUCCCUACCAAAGACACUGGAUUAUGGUCCCUAGGAUGCCCCCCAGUCCUACCGAAAGCUUUACUUUCUCAGAUAAGGAGUCACUCGCAGUCGGCACUGAACUACUUGUUUUUGGCCAGGAGUUUAAUUCCUACGUUGUGCUGAGAUACAGCAUUUUGACAAACUCUUGGUCCCCUGGAGUGGUAAUGAAUUCACCUCGAUGUCUGUUUGGAUCUGCUAGUCUCGGAGGGAAAGCUAUCAUAGCCGGAGGUACCCAUGGUCGCAAUAUUCUGAGCUCUGCAGAGCUGUACAAUUCUGAGACUCAGAUGUGGGAGACCCUGCCUCCUAUGAAUAGAGCACGGAAGAUGUGUUCGGGGGCUUUCAUGGAUGGAAAGUUUUAUGUCAUUGGUGGAAUGACAAGUGAUAAUGAGGUGUUGACAUGUGGGGAAGAGUAUGACUUGGCUCGACGCUCAUGGAGGUUAAUUCCAAACAUGUCUUCCGGUCUCAAUGGUGCGAAUGGUGCACCCCCGCUUGUGGCUGUGGUGAAUAACGAGCUUUACGCAGCUCAUUAUGCUGAUAAGGAGGUGAUGAAGUACAAUAAGGAGAAUAAUACAUGGGCAACAUUGGGAAAGUUGCCCGAGAGGUUUGUCUCGAUGAAUGGUUGGGGCCUUGCAUUCCGAGCCUGUGGUGAGCGGCUUAUCGUAAUUGGUGGGCAGCGAGGAACUCAUGGAGGAAUGAUUGAGCUAAAUUCUUGGGUUCCAAAUGGAGGGCCACCAGAGUGGAACAUUAUUGCUAGCAAGCAUUCAGGGAGCUUUGUUUUCAACUGUGCCGUGAUGAGUUGCUGAAUCCUGUAAUCUAUAGCAAGGUGUAUUUACUUUCUUGCAGGAAGGAUGCACGAAAAAUACUAAUUCUGCCUUCUCUGAACAUUCAACCGAAUUGAUGGCACAACAUAGCUCUAUUAUCUCUGUAAUCCUUGGUCUUUGUCAUUCUUUUUCACCCCUUUCAUUUAUUUUGAUCCGAAGCUAUUUAUGCAACUCUGAGAGAUAGGAGCUUGCAGGACACUGUUAGUCAAUAAUUCAAUGCAGUUAUGUCUAUUGAUUA